AUGGACGUCAAUUUAGAAAUCGAGGAUGAUUCUAAGAAUAACGAUGAACAGAAGGUUCCACUGCUGCGAAAUGCGGAGGUUCCAGAAGCAGAGAGGAGCUUGGUACAGAAAGCUAUAAGUUCGACAUUUCAAAGCACGGCGCAUUUGGCAAACCUUCUACCUACAGGCACUGUUCUUGCUUUUCAACUUUUGUCACCAAUCUUUACGAAUCUUGGCAGCUGUGACUCUGUCAGCAAGUCAAUGACCUCUGCACUUGUGACUCUCUGUGGUGCCUCAUGCUUUCUGCUAAGCUUUACUGAUAGCUUUAGAGACAGCAAGGGGAAUAUUUCUUAUGGAUUGGCCACCUUUAAGGGAUUGUGGGUCAUUGAUGGAUCAACCAAACUUCCACCUCAAGUUGCUGCAAAAUACCGCAUACAGUUUAUAGAUUUCAUGCAUGCGGUGAUGUCUAUUUUGGUAUUUGCAGCAAUUGCAUUGUUUGAUCAGAAUGUGGUGAAUUGUUUUUUUCCAGAACCAUCAAAAGAGAUACAGGAAGUCCUCACCGCGCUUCCUGUGGGAAUCGGAGUUUUUUGCAGCAUGCUUUUUGUUGCAUUUCCUACUGAAAGACAUGGAAUUGGCUUUCCUCUUUCAACAAGUUAAUAAUUAAGAUAUUUUUUCUGUUCACGAUUGCAUCUGAUUUCAAUAUAUAUUCAAUAUAAGUGCAUUAUUUCAUAAAAUCAACUUAUAAACACCCUACAAAUUAAUAGACCCAUAAUGGGCUUGACCCUUAUCUGGACCUACCAUUGAAAGAGCUUUGUAAGUUGUAACACCAUAUUUCAAUUUAACCAAAUCGCAUAAUCUAUAUAAGUCAAUAUUCAAUUCAA